AUGUCUCGCGCCGGAUUAUGGGCAAAGACCAUCGCCGGUGGCCUCCUCAUGGUCGUUGGUGGCCCCGCUUUUGUCGAAUAUCUCCGACCCUCCGACGAAGAGCUUAGGAAGCGAUACAACCCGGAUCUGCAGAAGCGCAGUGCCGAACAGGGGAACCGCAAGGCGCAGGAAUUCGACGACUACGUCGGUAAGCUGAAGGAGUGGUCUAAGUCCGAUAAGUCCAUCUGGUACGCCGCCCAAGAAGAAUUGGACCAGAAGCGAGCAGUGUUGGAGGCACAACGCGCACAGGACAAAGAACAAACGCGGACACAACGGGAGGAGAUGCGCAAGGAGAUGCUGGGUGAAAAAUGA